AUGGGCUUCCGGUGCCCGCAGGAACCCCGCCCCUCAGCCUUCCCCAGCCAAUGCACCAGGGACUUGUGGGGCGCUGCUCAUCCCUGCUCCAUUCGCUCCGCAGCUCCCAGAGGUGGCGGUUGUACUACGAAGGCAGACCUUGCCAAACUGGCCGACAACAUGCUGCGCACCCCUAAGUGCUCGCGGUGCCGGAACCAUGGCUUCCUGGUGCCCGUCAAGGGCCAUGCGGGCAAAUGCCGCUGGAAGCAGUGCACCUGCGAGAAGUGCUACCUGAUCACCGAGCGCCAGAAGAUCAUGGCCGCGCAGAAGAUGCUGAAGAAGCAGGCCUCCGAGGAGGAGCACGAGGUGGCCCUGUGCGCGCAGGGGCCCCAGCUGGCCUCCGGGGCCAGGGCCGCGGCCGCCGUCCCUGGCUCCAGCUUCCACUCGCUGCCUCUGCUUGCCGCUUCCGGAGACGGGCAGCCGGGCCCCGAGGGCCGCGCAGCCGCCUACUUCCCCGAGAGACCCCCGCGUGGUCCGAGCCCCGGCCCGAGCGCCUUCCAUCCAGUUCUGGGCGGCCGCGGCCACGGCCACGUGGGGCCGAGCGCACUUGCCGCCGCAGGCGUGCCGGGUUCUAUGGAGGACGCAGGUCGGAGAGGCCCUGGCCGCCUGGAGCUGCGCAGGCCGCUGCGGCCUGUGCCCAGCCCACCGUCUGCCGACUUUGGGCUGUCUCUGAGCAUCAACUCAGAUUAUGUGGUGGGGUCUGAGUACCUGGAGAGAGAGCCUUCCAAGCUGUACCCCAGCUCCUCCAGCAUGCACCCCUACCGCCCGUUCCCGCUGGGCUACCAUGAUGCAUCCCUGACUCCAGGGGUACCCCUGCAACGGGGCUUCCGCCAUGUGUCCUGCAGCCAAUACCGUGGAGGAAGCUUGGUGGUGGAGCCAGCGGGAGACUUACAGCCAAGCUACUACCCGCCGCCGCUGCCGCCACCGCCGCCGCCGCCUCCGCCGCCUCCGCCGCCUCCACCUCCACCUCCACCGCAGGCGCCCUUGCCGCAGCCGCAGCCCCAGUUCCUCCCGCCGGGCUUCCUGUCGGCGCUGCACUUCCUCCCGCCACCCCCACCGCCGCCGCCGCCGCCGCCCUUCUCGCUGACCAUCCUGUCUGAUACAGACAAGGAGAACACUGAUGACCAGGAUGUGGAGGGGCCGGGUGAGCCCAGCCAGCUGUCAUCUCAGGAGCAGUCUGACUAGGCCCAGGCCCGCUGGCCAGCAGAGUGGGGCAUUGGGGGUGUUACAGCAAUGAUUUUCUUAUCUCCGUUCAGUGAAGUGUACGGAGGAAGGAUAGUUUUAGGCAUAAGAUGGCAGUUAAUUCCCAUUUGAAGUCAGGAGGAAGGAGGGUGAUUGCGACAGUUUUCUCAGUCAUGAGUUGAGGGGUUGAUGAGGAGCACAGAGGAUGAAAUUACCAGGGCAGGGCCAAGACUCUGAGGAGUGGGGGGCUGGUGGAAGCUCACAUUUAGGAAUGAAUUGAACCAGCUCUGGGUUGUGCUUCUGUUAUCAGACUCACUCCCAGAGGCAGCCUUUGAUUUCUUCAGGUCCUGUUCCAGAACAGGGGGCACCAUCUAUUUCAGCCCGUGGUUCCCAGCUGGAGGGCGACAUGGACAUCAAGCACCCAGCACCGCCAGGUGGCUGGUGCGAGCAGCCGCAGCCGGGACCAGGGUGCUGACAACAGGUUCUGCAGUGUCCUUCCUUGCUGCACUGUCCCCCAUGGUCAGCCUGGCUCCUGCCCCUCACCCCUUCUCCAGGGCUCUGCCAGUAAGCAUUCUGGCUGUUGGAACUGCUUCGCUUCUGUCCCAUAAAGUUUAAGCCAUUAGAGGCCUCAUUUUUGGUUUUAAAAAAAAUCGAUUAAAGUUUGACUCUUUGGUGUUUUUACAGUGAUUGCCAACUUUAAAAAGUAGGCUGCUCAUAAGCACUGAUGCAGUUCUCAGAGAAUAGAAUGGUGCUUCCAGGUCAUCUGUGACAUCAGCAUUUUCUUCUCUGGGGACAGCUGACUGUUGAAUAAAAUGAGCAGUGGAAA